GCAAUUCUCCUCGGCUUGGAAUUUUUAGCUGGGAAAUGGCCGACGAUUUGGACGAAAAAGUGAUUUCCUUGAAAAUUUCCAAAGCUCCAUCGAUGUCGAAUAUGCCAUUGGACAUCAUUCAUAAAAUGGUGGAAAACGUCAAACCAAUCGAUCGACUUUCUCUUCGAAAAGUUUGCCGGAACUUUCGUGAAAUCGUCAAUGAUAAGGAUCCGGGUUUCAAGCGUCUUCGGCUCGACUUAUUUAAGGAUUUAUUCAGUUUUGUGCUCCACGAUGCAAAAAAUGUCGCCAUAACUCAGGAUUUCGAUGGUCAAACUUGCACAGUUCAAUUCAAUCAUCGAGAGAAACGUUGUUUUACGAAAAAUGCCUUGAAAAUAGCUUUAAAUGACGUUACAGUAUUGAUUGAAAAUCCUCAUUUUCAAUUAAGUCAUUUCAAUUUCUCUGCACUUGACGAAGACACUGCAGCCGUGGAAACAGUGAUGAGCUGGUUCAAAUCAGUUUCCGAUUCGAAAAAGUUGUGGAAAGUCGAAAAAAUCACUUUGGAAGCGUGCAAUUGUGAUAUUCCGGGAAUUCUGUCAGGUUUUCAACCAGGAAUCCUCAGAAGUAUUAAAAUUCUGCACCACCUGGAUCUGAGCACUUUGGAGGAAAUUUUUAGGCUGGAGCAAUGGAAAAUGGCAAAAUCAGCUGACAUUAUAUCAAGUGAACAUUCAAGUUUUCCCAUCGAAAAUCUCGUUCAUCUUUCAAAUUUCUACUUAGAACUGGAUUAUUUCACGGUCGCAGAUGCUGUUAAAAUCCGAGAUAUUCUCUUAAAAACCGCCAAUUUCAACAGUGGAACUAUCAGUGUGCUGGAUUUUUACGAUUUCAUAAUAGAUAUUCUGCAUGUUUUCGAUCCAAAUUAUAAUUUCGUUGAAGAUGAAGUUUUCUAUAAUGACGGAGAAGGUGCUCAAUUCCUCAUCACACACAAUGACUAUGAGCUGAUGAUCAAACGGGUUCUAUAAAUGUCCAAAAAUUCUGAAUUUUGUGUCUUUCUGUUUCUGUUAAUAAAAAUUAUGUUUUC